AUGAAGGCAAAAGUUCCAAGGAAUUUCAAAAGUCCUGAUAUGGACCUCUAUGAUAGAACUACUGACCCAAAGCAUCACUUAAGCAAUUUUAAAAGUCGGACGUAUCUAGCCGAGGCUUCUGAUGCUACUCGUUGCAAGGCUUUCCUGACGACCCUGACGAAAGCAGUGAUGAAGUGGUUCGAUAGCCUCCCCCCAAGGUCGGUCACCAGCUUCGAUGACCUCUUGCGGAAGAUCCUGAUGCGAUUCUCUAUCCAAAAGGAUAAAGUAAAGCACGCGCCGAGCCUCCUAGGUGUAAAACAGGAGGUCGGAGAACCUCUGAGGGACUACAUGGAGAGGUUCAACAAAGCGUGUUUAGAAAUCCAAGACCUGCCCACGGAGGCAGUGAUUAUGGGCCUAGUAAAUGGACUCCGAGAAGGUCCCUUCUCCCAGUCCAUCUCGAAAAGGCACCCGACCUCCCUGAGUGAUGUACAGGAGAGAGCUGAAAAGUACAUCAACAUGGUGGAAAAUGCUAGACUGCGAGAGCCGAACUGGCGACCUGGGCACUCUCACUUAUCAAAAGAGAAAGAGAGAGAGCCCAAGAAAAAGGAGGAAAUCGUCCCCUAA